CCGUGCAACCCUCGUUUCCUCACCUUCAUUCUCCACCGGCGCCGAGGGCGUCGACGACUUCCACCCCUUGUCGUCGACUCCAAGUUCGAACCUAUGGGCUUUUAGCUUCUGUUUCUCUGGCGAUGGUGCUUGCUCCCCGAGCCAAAUCCAGUGAGAACCACAACCAAGUCAUGGCUUCAGCCAACUCUAAACCGCUGCCAACCUUCUCGUUGUCGUGCCAGAAAUUGGAGAGGAACAGCCCUAAGGAUGCUAGUCAUGGUGACUCUCAGUCGAAGAAUAGGAAUAAUUUGGGAACUAAUACUCUCGAAAAUGGAAUGUGUUACGGUAAGGGCGAGGUGUCGACCAAGUUGAAGCUAACGAUCCGUCAUGGUGAAAAGAAAUUGACGGCGGCGUCGGAAAAAGGAAUGGGAAGAGAAGGACAAGAUGGAGAAGAAUUAGGGCAGAGGACAUGGAAUCUGAGGUCAAGAACCAAUGCGGUGGGGGGACGAUCAGGAAUAUCCAAUCUUAAGAGUAACAUUCCAGAAAAUGCAAAGAAAAAUGAGAAACCGAAGAAGUUCUCGAUCACACUUUCUCGGGAAGAGAUUGAAGAGGACUUCCUUAAGAUGACUGGUUCCAAACCCCCUCGAAAGCCAAACAAGAGACCAAAGAAUGUGCAGAAGGUUUUAGAUAAUCUCACUCCUGGAUUGUGGUUGCAUGAGGUUAAUCCUAGUUCAUAUAACUGCAAAGGCAAUGGCAAAGGUUCAAAGUUUCCCAGUUGAAGGCACUGCAGUUGAAAGUUCAAAAUAUGGUGUACUUAAUUAAGGAUUUUAAUUUUUGGGAUGGAUUAAUUUAAGUAAUCGGAGGUUAUUACACA